UAGUGUUCCACCAGAAUAGUUUCCGGCGGAAGUGCUUGUCGUGUGGAGACUCAGCGGCAUGGGGAAGGCGAACAAGCGGCGGCAGGGGACGGCGAGGGGCCCCGGGGAGCCUCCGCCGGCCCCGGAAGCCGUGCAAGUGGAGCUGGAAGAUGAAGCCAUCUUGAAAGGGGUCGGUGGAAGCAAUGCCCUGGUUCUCCCGUCACGAAAAACCAAAGAGAAGAAAGACGUUUGUGAAAAGCGCCCAGAAAAGAAGCCUCUGAGCAAGAAGCAGAAGAAGAUCCUGCAGAAGGUUUUGGAGCAGAAAGAAAAGAAAGCAAAGCGAGCUGAAUUGCUGAAAAAGCUAAGUGAAGUCCAGGCUUCUGAGGCUGAAAUGAAAUUGCUGUACACCACUUCCCAGAUAGGGACAGGGAAGCGAAUGUACCAGGCGAAACGGGUCGCCCACGAAGUAAGUGCCUCCUGUCCUGAAAAAAUCAGAAGUAUUGGAGGUGCAAAUAGGAAGAGAUUCAGGCUUGAACUUGAGCCAGAGGAGGAAGAAUGUGAGAAUUCCGAAGAAGAGGAAGAGGAGAAGAAAGUGGAGGAGGGAAUUGCAAAGCCAGCCCCAGAAGCCUCUAAUGACAACAUGCCACUCAGUCAGCCCGUGGGCACAAUUAUGUCUCCACCCAACAUCCCGAAGCAGCAUCCAUCCCCUUCCAAACCAUCUGCAGAACCUGCGGUUUUUAUCCCAGUGGAUCGAACUCCUGAGAUUCAGGAAGCCAGGCUGAAGCUGCCAAUCCUUGCAGAAGAGCAGGUCAUUAUGGAAGCCAUUCAGGAGAACUCCGUUGUCAUCAUAUGUGGAGAAACUGGCAGUGGGAAGACCACACAAGUACCUCAGUUUCUUUAUGAGGCAGGAUAUGCUAGCUCCGGUGGCAUCAUUGGAAUCACAGAACCCCGGCGUGUGGCAGCGGUGUCCAUGUCGCACCGUGUGGCUACGGAAAUGAAUUUGUCACGUCGGGUGGUCUCGUACCAAAUCCGCUAUGAAGGAAACGUGACUGAUGACACCAAAAUCAAAUUCAUGACAGACGGUGUGUUGUUAAAAGAAAUCCAGAAGGAUUUUCUGCUGUCGAAGUAUAGAGUCAUUAUUCUUGAUGAAGCCCACGAAAGAAGCGUCUACACGGAUAUCCUGAUUGGCCUCUUGUCUCGCAUUGUGCCCCUUCGGAAGAAGAAAGGGCAUCCCUUGAAACUGAUUGUCAUGUCUGCUACGCUGCGUGUGGAGGAUUUUACUGCCAACACUAAACUGUUCCCUGUGCCGCCCCCUGUUAUUCAGGUUGACGCAAGGCAGUUCUCUGUAGCGGUUCAUUUUAACAAGCGGACCCCACUGGAUGAUUACAGUGCGGAAUGUUUCAGGAAAGUCUGCAAAAUUCACCGAAUGUUGCCUGCAGGGGGCAUCCUGAUAUUCCUCACCGGUCAGGCCGAAGUGCAUUCGCUGUGCAGGAGACUGAGGAGAGCCUUUCCUUUCCGCAAAAAUGUGUCCCAAGGUGAUGAAGAGAAACAAGAUACUGUCGAAGAAACCCGAAGAUUUAAGAAAUCCAGAAGGAAAAGUUUGGCGCUGCCCAAAAUUGAUCUAGAUAACUACUCUGUUAUGCCAGUUGACGAAGGAGAUGAAGAUAGAGAUGCCACUGUUGAUGAUGAUGAAGAGGCUGACCUUGCAGGCUCGGAUCUCGACUUGGAUUUGGGCGACAGUUGUCUGGAAGAAGAAGAGAAACAGGAUUCUUCCCUCCCGCUGUACGUUCUUCCUCUCUACUCCUUGCUGGCGCCUGAAAAACAAGCCAAGGUUUUCAGGCCCCCACCUCCUGGCACAAGGCUGUGUGUUGUUGCCACCAAUGUGGCUGAGACCUCUCUGACCAUCCCUGGCAUCAAGUAUGUUGUCGACUGCGGGAAGGUCAAGAAACGCUUCUAUGACAAAGUCACCGGCGUCUCCUCGUUCAAAGUCACCUGGAUAUCGCAGGCGUCUGCCAACCAACGUGCUGGACGGGCGGGCCGUACAGAACCGGGCCACUGCUACAGGCUCUACUCUUCAGCUGUCUUCAGUGACUUCGCAGAGUUCACUGCUCCUGAGAUCACCAGGCGACCAGUUGAAGAUUUGAUUCUGCAGAUGAAAGCUUUAAACAUUGAUAAGGUGAUCAAUUUCCCCUUCCCAACUCCUCCGCCAACCGAGGCACUUGUAGCUGCGGAGGAAUUGCUAAUUGCUCUUGGGGCCUUACAGGAACCCCCCAAAUCUGGAAGCCUAAGGAAGCUGCAGGAAGCCAAACUGAGCUGCCCCAUCAGUCCCCUGGGGGCUAUGAUGGCCGCCUUCCCAGUCUCUCCUCGCUACGCCAAGAUGCUUGCCCUGAGCCAAAAGCACCACUGCCUGCCCUACGUCAUUGCUUUAGUCUCGGCCUUGACCGUUCGGGAAUUCUUUGAAGACUUCAGCAGGCCAGGUGUUAGUGAGGAAGACCAAGAGAAGCUGAAAGGCAAAAGGGCACGGGUCGUACAGAUGCAACGGAUCUGGGCUGGACAAGGAUCCUCCCAGAAGCUGGGAGACCUCAUGGUGAUGCUAGGAGCCGUGGGUUCCUGCGAAUAUGCCGGAUGCACAGCUCAGUUCUGCGAGGCCAAUGGCUUGCGCUACAAAGCCAUGGUGGAAAUCCGGCGCUUGCGGGGGCAGCUCACAACGGCAGUUAAUGCCAUCUGCCCCGACGCUGGCCUCUUCGUCGAUCCCAAAAUGAAGCCCCCGACAGAGACGCAGGUGACGUUCUUGAGGCAGAUAGUCCUGUCUGGACUGGGAGACCAUGUUGCCAGGAGGAUCCAAGCAGAGGAACUUCUGGAUGAAAAGUGGAAGAACGGUUACAAGACCCCUCUUCUGGACGACCCCGUCUUCAUCCACCCCAGUUCGGUCCUCUUCAAAGAGCUCCCAGACUUUGUAGUUUAUCAGGAAAUUGUGGAAACCACCAAAAUGUACAUGAAAGGUGUUUCGGUGGUUGAACCGGAAUGGAUCCCGUUGAUUUUACCUCCGUACUGCCACUUCGAAAAGCCACUGGAGAACCCGGCUCCUUUCUAUUGUCCUGAAACGGGCCGAGUGCGCUGCCACAGGCCAAGUGUCUUUUAUCGAGUUGGUUGGCAACUUCCUGCUGUGGAGGUUGAUUUUCCAGAAGGUCUCGAGUGCUACAAAUACUUUGCCAAGUUUUUCCUGGAAGGGAAAGUAGUUAAAAGCUUGGCCACAUACAGCCGCUGCUUGCUGUCAAGUCCAGUCACAAUGCUGAAAACAUGGUCCAAACUCCAACCGAGGACUGAAUCCCUUCUCCAAGCGCUUGUUUCUGAAAAUGCCGAUAACUGGGACGCUUUACUCGCAGCCUGGAAGAAGAACCCGAAAUAUCUGUUGACCGAAUAUUGUCAGUGGCUCCCAGAAGCAACGCAUAAAGAAGUGUCUAAAAUUUGGCCCCCGGUGCCAUAGUGCUGUAGCCUUUUGAGGGAGGCCUUGUCGUGCCUAGAUCCAUCCAGGAACCAGCACUGGCUGUGGAACCACGGAAGAGAAAGAUGCCUUUGGGAGGGAAAAGAGACGAGCAAAAGAGGAAGUGUAAGGGGAAAAGGAAGGGGCGCUUCCUGCCAAGGAGUGCCUUUGUGGGGUGCUGUGCCAACUGGUUGUACUUCCAUGUAUAGGUUGGUUCUGGGCAGUCCAAGAAAGCCAGUUGAGAUCAGGAAUGCAUGGCAGGGCAUGGAUACCAAUAUGAUUAUCCCAACGGAGAAACCAGCGUCAUUCCAGCUCUGAACAGUCUUGACUGUUUGAGCACAGUUUGUUCAAGUCCAGGCCACAUGGCAGUCUGUGGCUAAUCCAAAUUGGAAGCCUGUUAUAUCAUAAGACACAACUCGAGAGGCUUUGAAGUCCCAUUUCCAGUUAUGAAAACGUACUUGGGUGCCUUAUCCUUUUUGUAUGGAGAUGCCUUCUGUAGAAACUGGUUAUAUCUGCCGUGAUAGAAGGCCUUGUAUGUCAGUUGACCUGUUUUGUAUCACUUCACCUUUGUAUAUUUGUCAAAAUAUUUGUAAUUUGUGGCAUUGAAAAAAAACGAAUGGGAAAUAAAGUGCAAUAUUUUUGCUUUUAACACUC